UUAGCAGGCGACAAAUGUCCUAUCAUCCGAAAUGGUAUAGGCUCUCGUUCCGUGGCUCGUUGACCUCGCCCAACGACUAUGUCAUUCGCAAGAUAUCCAACGGCAACCACGAAGCGAGACAAACCUACAAGCACACAGAGACCUUCUUUGAAGUGCCCAUCUCGAGUGUCGUUCCUUUGCCAAAAAAGCCCAGGAGGCCGAAGGCCAAGCAAGGCAAACCAAAAGCCGAAAAGCCUAACGAGGUUCUGGAACAAGACGAGCAAUUCGAGAUCAAACAAUGUCCAGCGCUAAAACAAUUCGAGCGAGAGCUGCGUUAUCGCGAGCUGAAGCGCUACUAUGCCCAACUAAUUGAGUCGGAGCGAAGGGCGGACAAUGCAUACGUCCGUACGUGCCCCAACUGCGGCUUGGUUAAGCCUCGCAAAGUCUACAAGGAUAUUAGCAAAAAUGUUUACUGCUCGGGUCCAGACACGAUGCUCCAGAAUGAUAGCCGGAUAAUCUAGCUUGAGUCUCAAGGACCGUUGCCUAGGAGUUGGCUCUGAUGAUAAUGACAUUCCUUCACUUGAGAGUGUCGAUUGAGUUGGCAAUGCAAAGCAGCUGCUGCUCAAACUAUGCUCUCAACUGAGGGAGGCUGGGGAGAUCUCCCAUUUACGAUCAGGCCAUGCCAAAGAAGUUGCAGCUCCCAGC